GGUCAACAUUUUGAGCUGUGAUUUUGAGGUUAUGUUUAUGUUUAUAAUCAAAUAUAUUUCAGUUUUACUUGUUUAAUUCGUUUAUUCAUCAUUUAUUUCCUUUUUUUUUAAUGAAAAAUAAGUUAUGUUUAAGUCUCUAAGGUUAAGCAGAGUAAGGCCUCUUCUUAAUUUGUACAAUUGUGAAUGCUUUGUAAGAAAUAUACAAAAUGUUAGCAUUGAUAUUCCUAAAGUAACAGUUACCGAUAUAAGAAAAUUACUACGACAAAAAGGUUUUGCUGUACAAGAUGGACACACCUCAAUUACUACAAAGUGCACCAUUUGUUCAAAUGAAGAAAAGAAAUCAGAUAACAAGGUGUAUAUCAAUAAAACUACCGGUUAUUUUUUAUGCCAAAAAUGCAACAUUCACGGAGAUUGGAACAUGCUUGAGAGACUUAUUAAAAAGUCUAAAGUAGAAGGCACUAUCAAAGGACAUAUAGAAAGAUUACAACAAGACACUGAUAGAUUUCAAAAAGACUGGCAAAAUAUUGUAAAUGAAACUACCUCAUUAUUAAACUUAAAUGAAUCAGAAGUACUUGAUCUAUUCCGUCUGUUUGAAUAUCCUUACCAUUUUGAUGCUCACAAAGUUUUGGGUGAUGUAAGAGUGUCAUCAGAUCAUACAGUAUUAUAUUUUCCACUUAAAAACUCUUUGGAUAAUAUAGUUGGAUAUAGAAAAAUUCAAGCAGGAAAAGAAGAAGAGAUAGAGAACUAUGGCAGUUAUACAGCUGGUCUGUACUCUUGCCGAGCUCCUAAAGUGGGAAGAGCAGACCAAGCAAUAUUAGUUCCUAAUAUUGAAGAUAUAUUACAUUUAGCUGCACAUAAAGUUCCAGGUAAUCUGGUGUGGUUGAGUAACUGCAGUUUGCCACCUGUCGUACUCCCCGUCCUUGAAUGUUAUCAAAAGCUAUGUUUAUGGGGUGACUGGAACAACAUGAGGGCCGUUGCAGAGAAGCUUGGUGAAGGAAGGUGCUGUUUUGUAAGACCCACAGAUGGUUUAGUGACGGCUUCUGAAGCAGCUAAUGCUAAUUUAUCACUCAAAGCACUUGUGUCAGAAGCAAAGCCAGCUGCACACAGAUCUAUUACAACAUUUGCAGCCUUGCGGGAUGAUGUUUACGCUGAACUUACCAAUAUUGAUAAGGUUAGAGGUAUAAAAUGGAAAAGAUUUCCUGCUCUGACUCGGUUGCUUGGUGGCCAUAGACGAGGUGAACUAACUGUUUUAACUGGACCUACUGGCUGUGGAAAGACUACAUUAUGUGCUGAAAUGUCUCUGGAUCUUGCUCAGCAAGGGGUCAGCACAUUAUGGGGCAGCUUUGAGAUUCGUAACUCAAGACUGGCGCGGACAAUGCUUCAACAAUUCGCGGGAGUUCCGCUAGAACAGAAUCUUGAUGAGUUCCACAAAUAUGCUGAUGAUUUUCAGAAGUUACCAAUAUUCUAUCUGGCUUUUCACGGACAGCAGCCCAUUAAAGUUGUAAUGGAAGCAGUAGAGCAUGCGCGGUACAUGCACGACAUAUCCCACGUUGUGGUGGACAACGUGCAGUUCAUGUUGGGGCUUGGUGAAGAGCGGGAAGGUGAUCGGUACUUACGACAAGACGCCGUUAUAGCCGCCUUCAGAACCUUCGCCACGUCCAGGCAUUGCCACGUCACACUCGUCAUGCAUCCUAGAAAGGAGCGUGAUUCCGAAGAUCUUUCAACUAGCUCGAUAUUUGGUAGUGCAAAGGCGUCACAGGAAGCUGACAAUGUGUUGAUUAUUCAGGAUAAACGAUUAACAGCAGUAAGAGGCAAAAAAUAUUUACAAGUAGCAAAAAACCGUUACAGCGGCGAUUUAGGCAUUGUACCGUUGGACUUUGAAAAGGAUUCAUUAAGUUAUCAGUCAAAGAAGAAAUCAAAAAAUAAACAAGAUGAUCCAAACAAAUUACUCGAUGAUUGUUUUGAAGAGUUCUCUUUAGAAUCACAUAACCAAGGAAACGGAAAUCAUCCAAUUAAAAGCACCAAACAACGUAAUAAUAAAAAAGAAAGUGUAGACAGUUUUCUCAGUGAUAUAUUAAAUUUGAAUAGGACUAGAUAAGUGCAAUAUUUAAUACAUAUUUACAUAAAGUGAUAAUUUUAAUUAUAAGAGAUGUAAAUGUGUCACAUGUGUGAUUAAUAUGAAAUUAAUAUUAUUAUUGUAUUACAUA